GUCAGCUUUCGGUCUGCUCGAACACAAUAGCAGUUGUCUUUCCAAAUUACUUCUGGUAUUUCACGUCGUCGCUUCCACCAACCACCACCCAACACCAAAACGUCUCUGCUUUCGCCGCUACCUACGGCGGACAUUCCAAUAAAACCUUCCAUUUAUAUACACAUCUUUUUUUUAACUCAUUUCUCCAAUUCCAUUGCUCUCUAGGUUGUUUCCUGAAUUACAAUGGCCUUAGCAGCUCCUACCACCUCGCUCUCAAAACCCUUCUUCUCCUCUAAACUUCCGUCAUCCUCAGCAAUAAUUCCUGUGCUUUCCCUACCAACCUCCUCCCGAAAAUCUUCGAGGCCGUUGGUUGUUCGGAGCUCCAUUGCGGUUGCUCAGUCGCCGGCUACUGCCUCGACGAAAUCGUCAACCGUGAAAUCGGUGAAGGCGAGACAAAUCAUCGACAGCAGAGGGAAUCCGACGGUGGAGGUUGAUCUCGUAACUGACGAUCUUUACCGAUCGGCCGUCCCGAGUGGUGCAUCCACUGGGAUUUACGAGGCGUUGGAGCUCAGAGACGGUGAUAAGAGUGUCUAUGGUGGGAAAGGAGUUCUUAACGCUGUUAAGAACAUCAAUGAAAUUUUAGGUCCGAAGAUCAUCGGUGUUGAUGUCAGGAAUCAAGCUGAUUUUGACGCCAUUAUGCUAGAGAUCGAUGGAACUCCAAACAAAUCCAAGCUUGGAGCUAAUGCCAUACUUGGAGUAUCCCUAAGUGUAUGCAGAGCUGGUGCAGGAGCCAAAGGCAUUCCCCUCUACAAACACAUUCAAGAGAUAUCAGGAACAAAAGAACUCGUUAUGCCAGUUCCAGCUUUCAAUGUCAUCAAUGGAGGAAGCCAUGCUGGAAAUAACUUAGCCAUGCAAGAAUUCAUGAUCCUUCCUGUGGGUGCGUCUUCUUUUGCCGAGGCUCUGCAAAUGGGCAGUGAAGUUUAUCACAAACUUAAGGGAAUUAUCCAAGCAAAAUAUGGACAAGAUGCAUGCAAUGUUGGAGAUGAAGGAGGGUUUGCUCCCAAUGUUCAGGACAAUAGGGAAGGGCUCGUGUUGCUCAUUGAUGCAAUUGAAAAAGCCGGUUACACUGGCAAGAUAAAGAUAGGAAUGGACGUUGCAGCAUCAGAGUUUUUAACAAAAGAUGGGAAAUAUGAUUUGAAUUUCAAGAAACAACCAAAUGAUGGAGCUCAUGUUUUGUCAGCUCCAAGUCUUGGUGAUUUAUACAGAGAAUUUGUAAGAGAUUUCCCAAUUGUGUCAAUCGAAGACCCUUUUGACCAAGAUGAUUGGAGCUCAUGGACUGCACUACAAUCUUCAGUUGACAUCCAAAUUGUUGGUGAUGAUUUAUUGGUCACAAAUCCUAAAAGAAUAGUCGAAGGCAUUCAGAAAAAAGCCUGCAAUGCUUUGCUAUUAAAGGUGAACCAAAUAGGAAGUGUGACUGAGUCAAUCCAAGCUGCUCUUGACUCAAAAGCUGCAGGGUGGGGUGUCAUGGUUAGCCACCGUAGUGGUGAAACAGAGGAUAACUUUAUUGCAGAUCUUUCAGUUGGCUUAGCUAGUGGACAGAUCAAAACUGGAGCUCCUUGCAGAAGCGAGCGAUUGGCUAAAUAUAAUCAGCUUUUGCGGAUUGAGGAGGAACUUGGAAACGUGCGAUAUGCAGGAGAAGCAUUCAGAUCACCAUAGAGAAGGAAGAAUGGUUAUUUUGUUUCUUUUUUGUUGCUUAGGUACACCAUUUCUGAGAAACUAAUAAGAAGCCAUUGUUGUGUUUUGAAUAAAGAUUAUCUUUUUCUUUUCUAUUUUGUUGGUGUUUUGGGAAUGUUUAUGUAAUGUCUAAAAAGAGGAUUUUUUUUGAGUAAAACAACAAAUGGUCCCUUUUGAGGUGGAAAAAAAAAGCACAUUUGGUUAUUGUUUGAAAUGAAUUGGAU